GCGCGGACGCUGCUCAGCGUCGCGCGCGCCCGCGCGCGGCUCGCGCUCCCGGAGGAGCGCCGCGUGCAGGCCGCCCGCGCUCGCCUGGCCGCCCACCACAGCGCCGACCCCAUGAUGGGCAAGGGCGGCGCUGGUGGCGGUGGCAAGGGCGCUGCGGGCGGCCGGGGCUGCGCUGGUGGCGGCGCCAAAGGCGGCGCCGGCGCCAAGGGCGGGGCGGGCGUGCCUGGCCUGGGCAAGGGCGUCGGCCUGCAGCCCGGCCUGCAGCCCUGGCUGGGCGCUGUGCCGCCGCCCCCGCCGCAGUGCUGGCGGGUCCCUGAGGUUGCUCGCAAGCACCGGUGCUGGGUGGAGCCGCCGUCUUCGGAGAAGGAGUUGGCCGCCCACCGCAAGAGCCCGAAGCAGACGGCGGCGGCGACUGGCCAGCACAUUCGAGCGGCUCGCGGCCUCGGAGUGCAGCCGGCCCAGCUCGAGGCCCAGGAAGCCGAGCACGCUGCCCUCCUGUGUAUGAUCAUUGUUGCUCGCAGCCCUGGAGCGCGCUGCGACCGUCAACGUGCGUUCGUGGCUCGAGCGCAGACGAAGUUGGAGAAGGCUCAGUCCGCCGUCGUCGCCUGCCGCGACGAGCUGACGCACUUGGAGGAGAAGGCGCAGCAGCGGGAGCAGGAGCUCGCUCGUGCGCAGCUGCUGCUGGAAGAGCCGCCGGCCGUCGCCGUGGUCGCGCAGCUGCAGGCGGGACAGCUGCAGCUGGCGGCGGAGAUGGCGAAGAUGUCCUGCGUCCUGGCCUCGCUGCAGACCGCUCUGGCCGCGGGCAGCCCCGGCGCCGCGCCCGCGCCCGACGUGCCUGGCCCCGUGGCCGGGCCCGCCGCGCCGCCGCCUGGCCCUGCGGCCGCUGCGGAUGCCACCGCCGCCCAGCGCCGCCCGCCCGCCGCGGAGGCCCCGCCUGCGGGCAUGGAGGCAGCUGCCGAGGCCGCGGCGCGCGAGGGCCGCAGCCCGACGCCUGAGGAGGCGCGACGGCUGGAGGCGGCGCGCAAGCAGUCGGCCAAGGAGGCGCGCCAGGCGGCCAAGGACGUCAAGCGAGCCGCGAGGCCGCCAGGGCAGCAGGGCCUGCAGCAGGCCAUGCAGCGACAGCAGGAUGCUGCCCAUCGGUAGCAAGAGGCGGACUCGCAUCGCGGGCGCGGGGCGGUCGCGCCGCCUGGGCGGGUGGACGACCCACGUGCCCUCUCGCCCAAGGGGCGCGAGGGGCCGCCGCUGCGCCCGGGGCGCAUGCUGGCCAGCCGCAGCCCGCCCGUACGCCCUGCUCGUGGACAAGAAGACAGCUCUGAGUCGUCGCCGGGGUGAUGUCACCCCCGCAGGCCGCGGCACCUGGGACGCCUGCCCCGGAGCAGGCGCCGCGCGGCCUGUCAGCGGCCCGCAUUUUGCCGGCUGCCCCCCAGGCGCCUCCACGGGAGGAUCCCGUGGACGAGCGCCCGCCUUGCCCUCUUCCCGACUGCCAGGAGCUCUUUCGCCUGCUAGCCGAGCCCUGGCCUGCUGAAUCGUCUCUCACACCUCUCUUUCUCGGUCUCGAUCAGUCAUCCGAUUCUUGUCC